UUCUUAAUGUACAAAAAGAUAAAAAUAGUCAAGAAAUUAAUGAAUUAAUACAAACAAUUCAAUCUGAUGAAGAAUUGAUGAAGAAUAGACAAGAUUAUGCAAAUAAAAUUCAUACUCAAGAUACUGAUCGAAAAAGCUUAGAGAGGCAGAAAUCUUCUGGGCAAUUACAAGCUGAACAAAAUAUUAAUGAUCAACGAAUCGAAAAUCUUGAAAAUUUG